CCCGUAUUAUGUUUGUAUUAAAUACUCUAGCAAACAUUAGCCUGCAGGUUAAAUGUUAGCCCGCAUGUUAGCUCAUAGCUAGCCUUGUUUGUGGUUAGCUGGGAUGUCAAACUUCCAAGUCUUGUCAGACUGGUAUUGUUAUUGCCUGUCGGCAGUGUUUUGCAAGCUAAUUGCUAACGAACUUUCACAUCUAGUGCUUAGUUGAAACAGCAUUUCACCAAUGCCACACAUACUGCCCAGACAUGUUAACGUUUUAAAAUAGGGCAUUACUAGCUACACAUUCUAUGGAUCCUCGGACCUUCAAUGUUUAUUGAUAAAUUAGUGUUGUAAACCACCUUUGUUGCUAAUAUGUAGCUACUGCAGCCCCCAUGAACAACUUGAAUGACCCCCCCAGAUGGAACAUUCAACCAGACCCCAGAGGAAGGGGAGCGGGGGCCGCUGAUGGCAACCAAUGGAACUACGCCCUGCUGGUCCCUAUGCUGGGACUGGCUGCAUUUCGUUGGAUCUGGACCAGGGAGUCUCAGAGGGAGAUCCAGGAGGUCAAAGCCCAGUAUGACAAGGAUGUUUCCACAAUAAAAAGCGAGAUGGAGGCACGGUACCGGGAGACACUGACAGAGAGGCGCAGGGCAGCGGCUACACUAGAGCUGGAGCUGGAGAAGGAGAAACAGAGGGUCAACGGUUACAAGCAGGCCCUGGUCUCACAGAGCCAGCAGCUGAUGGAAGAACGGAAACUUCUACAUCAGGAGCGUGAGAGCUUGGAAGAAGACAAGCAAAGACUGGUAAAGUCCGGCGCUGCAGGAGCUGUGCUCCAUCACGCCCUGGAACGAGAGAACAAUUGGUACCUGCGAGCCACCACUACUCUGAAGGAGCUGGAGGGUCAGCUGUUGGAGCGCCAGAAUGCCUACUGUUCCCUCAUCCAACCUCGAGCACAGCGGCUUGAGAUAGAGAAGAACAUGCUGCUUAAGGUCGUCAAAGACCCCAUCGGGGCGGAGCUGGAUCUAGAGUCUGAUCUGAAGGAUGUUUUUAAGAGAGAUAAGCACUGUGCGGACCUGCUAAACAUGAACAAGAGGAAGAAUGGAAGCCUCAUGUGGGUGUACCUCAAGUACUGGCAGCUGCAGGUCACUUACCAGAAACACAAGAGAGCUGAAGAAGCCAUUUUAGGAGGAAAAAUCCAGUCUCACACAAAGUGAUGAACACUGGUAGUUUUAUUUGUGGAUCAGGAAUAGAAAAUGCAUGUAUUAUUGUGUAAUUAUCAUUUCUUGAUAGGGAUGUUAUGGAAACACACAAAAGGUAACUCCAACAAGAUAAUGUUCAACAUCUGAAGGGUCCUCCCUUGAUCUCAGAGUUUUGAAAAAGAAGGAAUAUUUUUGUCAGGUUUGAGCAUGCGGAAUUACAAUAUUACCAUCAUUUCAGAAGCCCCAAUUAAGACUUGUGCACUUUAAAUUAACUGUAAAAAUGCAUAAUGAUUCAAAUGCACUAGGAUUAAGAUGAUAUCCAUAUUGGAUGCACAACUAAUGUUAGAGACAGAGAGAUGUAUUUAUUUUCCAUUUAGCAAAAUUUUACAUUUACAUUUUAACAAUUGUGUCAAUUUAACUCACAUUCUCUGAGUGCCAUGAAUUACUGCUCGGUGCAUAUAUUGUAGAUCUGGAAAUAUUUGUUUGUCCACCUUAAGUAUGAAUUUAAUGCUCCAAUUAACUACCGUGAUGUGAUAUUACACAUAUCUUUGCUGCUGCAAGAGUCAUCAGGAAAACCCCCAAAAAAACACUACUGUGUUGAGCAACACCGCCAGGAAUCAUUAACACAUUAACAAGGAUUUCUAACAUUAUUAUGUUGGAACAUU